AUGCUCGUUUCAAGCACCAUCAAGCUUAUUGCGGGGUCUUCGCAUCCGGAGCUGGCAGAAUUAGUUGCACAAAAACUGGGGAUCAGUGUCUGCUGUGUCGAUGGCGUUAAGCUGAAAAACACCGAGCUCUGCGUGCUGUUUGGCGAGUCGUUCCGUGGAGCCGAUGUAUUCAUUCUUCAAACCGGCCACGGCCACAUUAACGAUUUUGUUAUGGAAAUGCUCAUCAUGGUCCAUGCUUGCCGUAAGGCUUCAGCAGGCAGAAUCACUGCUGUUAUUCCUCUAUUCCCCUACGCCCGCCAAGACCGCAAAGACAAAGGCAGAGCGCCUAUUACUGCCAAACUCAUGGCAGACAUGCUUGAAGCGGCCGGCUGCGACCACGUUGUCACCAUGGACCUGCACGCCCCCCAAAUCCAGGGCUUUUUCAGCGUGCCCGUGGACGAUCUGGUCGCCCAGCCCAGCGUCGAAAACUGGAUUCGAAACUAUGUCGACUUGAGACGAGCGAUUGUGGUUUCCCCCGACGCUGGCGGUGCUAAGCGAGCAGCAAACUUGGCGGACCGUCUUGAUCUGGAGCUCGCGCUCAUCCACAAGGAACGCCAGCGUACAAACGAGGUCUCCAACAUGGUCUUGGUCGGCGUCGUGACGAACAAAACCUGUAUUCUGAUUGACGAUAUGGCCGAUACUUGCGGAACCCUGGCAAAGGCUGCUGAUACUCUGGUCAGCCACGGAGCCACUAGAGUCCUUGCCAUCGUCACGCAUGGUAUUUUCUCUAAAGAUGCCAGGCAGAAGAUUGAAAACAGCAAGCUUGACAUGGUCGUCUGUACAAACAGCGUCCAGCUUCGGGAACCCAUUGCCUCGUGUUCCAAAAUCUCUCAAGUCGACAUCAGUCCCACCAUUGCAGAGGCUAUUCGACGACUUCACAACGGCGAGUCAGUCUCAUAUUUAUUGACCCAUCAGCCUCUUUAG